GUGGAAGCCUAAAGGCGCAAAACAGUCUAGGGAUAUGUUAUGAGAAUGGGAACGGUGUAGAAAAACAGUUGAGAAAGGCAUUCGAAUGUUACUCAAAAAGCGGAGAAGUAUAUUUUGUAUGUGGACAGUAUAACGUAGGUCGACUUUAUGAUAGCGGUAAAGGGGUUGAUCGAGACACAAAGAAAGCUUUUGAAUGGUUCUCGAAAUCGGCAGAGAUGGGUUAUGAGUAUGGAUACCUUGAAUUGGGUGAAAGGUUUUAUUAUGGAUUUGGAUCGAAAGCCGACACCAUAAAGGCGAUUUACUGGUUGGAAAGAGCCAAAAAUGAAGAAAUAACCAGGAACCAAGCGGAAUUCAUGCUUGAAAAGGAAUUUCACCGAAUUGUUCCAUCAAAUCAUUCGAAGCAGUUAUUAUCCCUAUAUUACGAGUCUGCCAACGAGAACACGGACAUCAGGCAAAAAUUCAGAGAGCAUAAUUCCUCGCCCGUGAACAUGCACACAGCAUCAAACAAGAUUUUGGGUAUCGUGUUCCUUGGAUAUUUACAUUUGUAUGGCAUAGGACUGGUCCGAGAUGUAGACGUACCAGCUCCGCCUACACCUACUCUCAAGAAACUUCAAUUCUCAUCAACCAUCCUUAUGCACGAUACAUGGACUCGCGAUGAUUACGAUCGUCGUGGGGAUCAUUCCACGUGUAAUAAGCUUACACCAUUGCUGGCUCAAAGGAUUAAGCAAGAACUAAAUGAAUACAAGAUGGAAGAGAUGGAAGUCCACGAGGAUAGUAAAAAGAACACUCAUUUCUUUGCUUAG